ACCACUCUCAUACCACACCCAAGCCAUGGCGCUCGACGAAGACGAGUCUGUGCGCAUCGCCGUGCGUGCUCUAGGCGAUAUGAAGAACGGCGGAUUCGCCUCGACAUCGACAUCGGUCCAGCCUACUCCAGCUCUUUCUGUAACAUCAGGGACAUCCUCGCCGUCCUUGCCUUCACCUGUCUUCGAGGGAGAAGAUCGCAUGUUGGGGUCCAUGUCGGCAGGCAGUGAAGAUCGCCUGGGGUUGCGGCCAGGAGAUGAUGUCGAUUUCGUCUCGCGCAUGUCUAGCCUGCCCAUCGUGAACACGGCGUUGCGAGCGUACGAACAGGGCAAGGCUAGCUCCAGGGUGGUGAAGUAUGGUGCGGAGAUGAUGGAAUCCUCCGUGAAAUCCAUCUCGCGCCCUGUUAUGGGUCGCCUCCCUGUGGAACAGCUGGACGAUUUUGCAUGCAGACAGCUUGAUAGGUUUGAAAGCUACAGACGACGAACACCUAGUCGGGAUCGUGAAGGCGAACGCGGGCGUAGAUCCAGCUUCUCGUACGAUGAUUCAAAUCCAAGUCGAUCCGUCGAGCGGUAUGCAACGAGAGAUGUAUCAAUGAUUCGCGAAUUGUCUCGUGAGAGGAGCGGAACGAACGAGAGACAAGCAGAAGCAGGCCCUUCGUUUUCCAGAGCGAUUCCACGUCGCGGUCAAAGCCACACACCAACACCUCACUCUCCGUCAUCCUCGAGGUCUUCUCACACAGAUGCAGAUGACGACACCUCUAGACACCAACAUCAACGUCAACGUGGCUCAAUAUCUGCUACACCUUCACCAACCACCGAGAGUCAGCAAGUCGCACAGCGUAGCCGAUGGCAAGCUAUGCUGCUUGAGGCUGGAGGCAUCAGCGCUGCGUUCAGCGAAGAUAGCAUGAGACGAUUGCGAUACUGUUUACAAUGGCUACAGUAUGCCACAGGUCACAUUGAUGCUCAAAUGCUCGUCCUUCGGGACUUCAUUGCCUCGCUGCAGACAACAUCUCCGUCGGCGGCGGCAGCCGCGAUAUCCGCCCAGCACCUUCGUACGUUGAACGCUGCCAAGCGCGACGUGGUCGAAACCAUCCGACAAGUGGUUGACAUUGUCAGCCGAUACGCUGGCGGAGCAUUACCUGAACCGGCCCGCACGCGUGUGCGGACGUUCAUCCUCCGCUUGCCCCGCCGCUGGGCGGAGGCCUCAGGUGAUACACACCACCAUGGCCACGGAGUCGAUGGUCGCCCAAACGGUGGUGCUGACAGAGUCGACAUGCGCCGCAGUACAAACGUUGCUCCGUAUAGCUAUGGUCCGGGUGAAGCAGGACCGUCACCACGUUCUCGACCUCCUUCCCGUGCUACCUCGCCCGGCCAUACUCGGGCACAUUCGCGACAGGCGAGCGCAACGAUGGGCGCCACACCGGGUGGUGCUCCCACAACUGUCGACUCCGCCAACCAAGCCGCUCAGCGCAUCCUAACGCUCGCGACUGAAAGUUUGGACAUGCUGCGCGGCGUGACCGCAGUGGUAUCCGAAAGUCUCGAGAGGGCCGAUGCUUGGGUGGAAAGGCUGCGCGUCGUAGGUUUGCAACGUCCGAACGGGGAAACAAGCCCCGGUGCGAAUCUGGAUGCCCCGCCUGAUAUCGACGCAGUUCUUGACCCACGGUUGCGAGGCGAGGCGUAUCGAGACCAACGCUCGCAUCGACAGCCUUAUUCUCACUCCCCAUCAUCACCACUCUCACCCUACGCCCCGCUGUCUCCCCUCUCGGCGUCUGGGCGUUCUACGCCUGCAUACGUGCCAUCUCGCAACAACUCAAGCUCGGUACUCAGUAUGGGGCCGCCAGGCUCGCUCUCGAGCAGUUACUACUCGACUACUUCUCUAGAUGCUGGCGGUGCAGCCGUCUCAUUGGAUGCGUUGUCUCUGACAUCUCACUCCGCUGCAAGCUCUCGUUAUGCUACACCAAAGCAUUCACAUUCUGCACUGCCUUCGGAGGGCGAUGGCGAUAGUCCGGUGUACAUGUCAAGAAAGAGGGCGGGGAAGCGGCCUGCAGACAGUAGUGGCGACGAUCCGACAGUUGUGGCUGCCACAGCUCUCGCCGGACUAGCUGGCUCAGCGAAGAGGGCCAAACAGGAGCCGAACACGGACGAAAAGAUGGACAUGGAGCCUUGAGGUCACUGGUCUGAUACAGAUCCUAUAACGAACGGUCCCCUUAGCUGGCCGCCCGAACAUGAACACUGAUGCGGAUGGUUGCCGGUGCAGCUUGCAGCCCCGUAAGAUACUCGAUAAGUCCCAUCCGUGCUAUAUGUAUCUUUCUCCUGUUGCUACUAUCUAUCCUGCUGCACUGUGUCGUCUCGAUAUGAGAUUACAGGACUAUCGAACGUUUGUCCACUGCCCUUGUACUUACGCUAGCCGUUCACCUCGUCUCUCGUCGCCAUCGAUCGUGGAUCUUGGUAUCCACCACACCCUGAGAGUCCAUGAUGGGUGUGAACACCUUAACAAAAUUCGAUUCUGCAGCUGCAGCUACUCAUGG